AUGGAAGUAGAUGACGACGAUUCUUUUGAAAGCGAAUACCGGCUGCGAAUCGGAAACCAAGUCAAGUAUCUUGUCGUCUCUCCCGGAACCUUUGAUAGAGACACUCUUUCGUUACCCCUUCAGUCCCUACCCCGUCUCCCUUACGACGAGGAUUGGACCGUGGCCUGCAUUUCACGAGAUAAAGCCACCGGCGACUUGAAAACUUCUCUCUCAAGCCGGACACUAGCAGGCGUCAAGUGUCAAUGGCAUAGUAUCAGGGUUGAUUGCUUGGAGUUGGAGAAGAUCAAACAGCUCACGGCAAUGGCAUUCGAAGCCGUCCCACAGCCAGCACUUUCAUAUUCUAUCUUCCCAACUACACCAACCACCAUGAUCGCAAAAAUAGCCCGUUUCGAAUGGGAGGUGCCUCGCAUCGAACAAGAAACGAGAGCAUAUCAGUUGCUCGAGGACUCCGAGCUGGCUCCACGCUUUCUCGCCCAUGUCCACGAGAAUGGCCGCAUCAUGGGUUUUCUACUAGAGAAGAUAGAGGGACGUCCGGCUUCCAUCCAAGAUCUAAGCGUUUGCGAAACCGCCUUAAAGAAGUUUCACGAAUUAGGGUUUAUACACGGGGACGUGAACCGGUACAACUUUCUCGUCACGGAGAAAGGGGCGAAAUUACUCGACUUUGAACGUUUUCAGGAGAAUGCUAGCCCCGAGUUGAUGAGCAAGGAAUUGGAAAACCUGCGUGCCGAAUUGGUCGACGAGUCGGGACGCGGUGGAGGUUUUAUCUUCCGUGACGAUAACUAG